GUUCAGAGAGAGAAGUUGGAAUACUCCUCUUGAUUGUCCCGUCCCAAGAUUUGUCUAUGGAAUUUUAGCUGUCCCCCCAUACACUGGAUGAUGUAGAAUGACUCGAGACUUAGUACAGUGUGCCUUAUAAAGUCCAAGGAUUGCAUGUUGGUCUUCUUCAACACAUUCCUGUACAACUCUGUCUCCAUUGACCAGUGGAGGGUGAUGAGGCUGGCAGGGAGCUUCCAGCUUGUCCUUCUGCUGGUCCUCAGCUCCAAGGCCACAGGCCUCAAUAUCCCCAUUGAAGUGGAGCAACUUCCUACUAUAAUAUCUCACACAUCUGGGCCUGUUAUUGCACUUCCUUACGACAACGACAACAUCACCAUCCGAUGUGAAGCAAGAGGCAACCCUCCUCCAGAAUACAGAUGGACAAAAGAUGACCUUGGUUUUAUUCCCCCAAAACCUACGACAAUCAAAAGUGAACAACUUGACACAGAUGGUACUUUUGUACUACAAAACAAAAGCCUUGGUCGGUUUCAGGGUAAAUAUCGAUGCUAUGCUUCCAAUAAGCUGGGGACCGCCAUGACAGAGGCCAUUGAACUGAUAGUACCUAUUAUGCCAAAAUUCCCAAAAGAGAAGAUUGAACCUAUCAUUGUCCAGGAGGGGGAACCCUUUGUCCUCAAGUGUAACCCUCCAGAGGGAUUUUCUCCAAGAAAGAUCCACUGGAUGUCCAUCGGUCUACAACACAUUGAGCAAGAUGAGAGGGUUUCCACGGGCACUGAUGGCAGCCUGUACUUCUCUCAUGCCUUACAGAAAGACAGCCGUCAGGACUACUGCUGCUUUGCCGACUUUCGACGAAUAAUUGUCCAGAAGACCGCUAUGGCAGUUGAGGUCAUUCCAAGGACGCCAGAGUAUGAAUCUGCUGCCGACCGCGUUGCCACCCUUCCAGUGAGAACCCCCAGCCUACUGCUGCCCUCUGGUGUUCAGACAGAGAGGGUGCUCGUGAAGGGAGCACAGCUUCAGCUUGAGUGUAUACCAGGAGGAUUCCCCACCCCAACAAUAGAAUGGAUGAAAAUGGGAGAAGACCUGCCCACUCAAGCAAAUUUGGACAACUUUGGAAAGCUGUUGACCAUAGCUGCGAUAGAGGAGAGUGAUGGCGGCACAUAUAGUUGUUUAGCAAAGAACCCGGCUGGACAGGCGAUCCACUACUUUGAUGUAAUAGUGGAAGAGCCCCCACAGUGGCUGAAAGAGCCACCUGAAAGCCAGCUGAAUGUGAUUGGCUCGGAUGUGCACGUCAAGUGCUCGGUCAGCGGAAGUCCACAACCGGACAUAGUGUGGAGGAAAAAUGGACACAUUUUUGAAGAUGACCCACUAAACAACAAGCGGGUGCUUGACGACACACUGAUUCUUCACAACGCCUUGCCAGAAGACAGUGGCGUCUACCAGUGUGAAGCUUCCAACAGACAUGGUGGUGUUCUUGCCAACAUUAACAUCAUGGUUAUGAAUUUGGCUCCUCUAAUCCUGACCAAGGACUACCAGGAGUACGCGGUGAUACGCAGCCAGAAUAUAUCCAUGAACUGCAGAGUUUUCGGCUCGCCUCUUCCUACCAUCUCUUGGGCCAAAGACGAGACUCCAGAAGCCAUCGAGGGAGAACGAUUUAUUACGCUCCACGACGGCUCAUUACAAAUAUCCAGCACGGAAAAGGAAGACAGCGCCGAAUACGUCUGUGUUGCCGAUAACAGCGAGGGCAAGUCGUCUAUCACCGCUGUGCUGGCUGUGAAAGAACCUACACAAAUUGUAAAUGGGCCUCAGGACAUGCAGGUCAUCAGCGGGACCACGGCUCACCUGACGUGCCAGGCACAGUACGAUGAAAGUCUGAAGGACUCCUUUCAGACGGUUUGGAUCAAGGAUGGGGAGAAAAUUCAAUUUUCCUUAGAGGAACCUUCUAGGUACUUUUUGAGUGAUGGCAUGCUGCAGAUUAUGAACGUGAAACUGAGCGAUGAAGGAAUAUACACGUGCAUGGCCAUGACUCGUCUGGACGUGGACAACGUCAAUGCACUCCUCACAGUGCUUGAUGUCCCUGAUGCUCCUCAAAAUGUACUUAUAACUAAACUUAAUAAUCCCAGAAAUAUUAGUCUAUCUUGGAUACCUGGCAGUGAUCACAACAGCUCUGUAAUAGAAUUCAUUGUGGAGUAUGAGGAGAGUCAGUGGGAGCCGGGGAAGUGGAAGGAGCUACACAAAGUCCCCGGUAACCAGGCAACAGUCGAGCUGGCGCUACACGGACAUCUUAACUACCAGUUCAGAGUGUACGCCGUCAACGCUGUUGGACCUGGGCCCCCCAGUGAGCCCACUGAGCGCUACAAAACCCCUCCAGCUGCACCCGAUAGGAACCCAGAAAACAUCAAAAUCCACGGCCAUGUUCCUCACCAAAUGGAUAUUGGCUGGGAGCCACUGUUACCCGUGGAACAAAAUGGCCCCGGCCUGGAGUACAAGGUGAGCUACAGGAAACUCGAUGUGGAUGACACCUGGUCGGAAAACCUGGUCAAAAGGCACUCCUUCGUUGUGAGCAACACGUCCACGUACAUUCCGUAUGAGAUCAAAAUUCGGAGCAGGAACAGCCAUGGCUGGGGACCGGAGCCAAAAAUUGUGACAGGUUACUCUGGAGAAGAUGUUCCCACCGCAGCUCCACGGGAUAUUGCAGUGGAGGUGAUGAACACGACUGUUCUGAGAGUAAGCUGGAACCCCGUUCCGCCCGCCACUGUGAGAGGUCACCUCAGGGGGUACCAUGUUCACUGGCUGAGGAAGCGAAAUUUUCUGAAUCCCGACAAAAUCUUGGAUGAACAUCAAUCGCUGUCCUUCCCUGGGAAGAGAACUCACGCCAUUGUGCCCGGCCUUGAACCUUUCUCCGAGUAUACGCUCACUGUCAACGUCUUCAACAAGAAGGGAAAUGGGCCUAGCAGUGACCCGGUCACCUUCAACACUCCCGAAGGAGUUCCUGAGCAGGUGCCCAUUCUGACCACCUCUAAUGCCCGGAAAGACUCUGUCCUCUUGGUAUGGGGGCCACCACUUGUGGCAAAUGGCGUCCUCACUGGCUACCACCUGCAGUACCACCUAAUUAACGAAACCACGAUGGAGGUGCUCGCUACCCGGGAGUUGAACAUCAGCGGGGCCGACACCACCCACUGGCAGCUGAAGGGCCUAGAAGAGGGCAGCCUCUACCUCUUCCACCUCAGUGCCUGCACUCGAGUCGGGUGUGGACCUCCACUGGCGCAAGAGAGCAGCACUGUCACUCCAGCACGUGUGGCAGGUAACCAGAGAAGCAGCUCUACCAGGGGCUGGUUCAUCGGGACCAUGUGUGCGGUGGCGCUCCUCACGCUCGUCGUCCUCACCGUCUGCUUUAUGCGGAGAAACAAAGGUGGCAAAUAUGCAGGUACGCCACCGCCCGGGCAACAAGAAAUGCUCGCCAUGGACAAAGUAAAAGAGAAGGAAGACCGCCACCCUGACGAGGAGUCCCAAGCAAUGAAUGAUGACGCCUUCUGUGAAUACAGUGACAGUGAUGAAAAGCCACUGAGGGGCGGCUCGUGUUCCCUGAAUGGCGAUGAUGCGGUCAGCAGAGACAGCCUGGUCGACUACGCCGACGGCGGGGGAGAGUUCAGCGAGGACGGCUCCUUUAUCGGAGAAUAUUCAGGGCACAAAGGCGAAGGAUCUGUUGGCGAGCCCAAUGGAUUCGGUCCUGUCACUGCAUAAUGCCAAGCUUCACUUUGAAUGCCAACAUGGAACUUUUCUAUAUGAAGCUUGCAAUACAUUUUGUAUAAAUAUAUAAAAUAUACCUAUACGUGGCUCACACGGCCAAAUGAAAGGCAAGAGACGUUUUAUGAUAUUUGGCGCACUGGACUGUAGAAGAACAAUAAUAAGGUAACACUUUAGUAUGGGGAACAUAUUCAUCAUUAAUUAGUUGCUUAUUAACAUGCACCCUAGUAACAUAUUGGCUCUUACUUACUCAUUAUUAAGUACUUAUUAAUGCCUUAUUCUGCAUGGCCUUAUUAUACAACCAGUAUAACCCUAACCUCACCCUAACCCUAACCCUCUAACACUAACCCUUAUUAUACAACCAGUAUAACCCUAACCUCACUCUAACCCUAACCCUCUAACACUAACGCUUAUUAUACAACCAGUACAACCCUAACCCUAACCCUUAUUAUACAACCAGUAUAACCCUAACCUCACCCUAACCCUAACCCUCUAACCCUAACCCUUAUUAUACAACCAGUAUAACCCUAACCUCACCCUAACCCUCUAACCCUAACCCUUAUCAUACAACCAGUAUAACCCUAACCCUAACCCUCUAACCCUAACCCUUAUUAUACAACCAGUAUAACCCUAACCCUAACCCUCUAACCCUAACCCUUAUUAUACAACCAGUAUAACCCUAACCUAACCCUAACCCUCUAACCCUCUAACCCUAACCCUAACCCUAACCCUCUAACCCUAACCCUAACCAAAUAACUCUAAAUUAAGUCUUUGUUACUUAGAAUAUGUUCCCCAUCUUAAAGUGUUACCAAUAAUAAUAAUACAUUUACGUGUAAAUACUGUAACACAAUGAAUUGAACUUUUAAUUGUUUGAGGAUUUUUUUAAUAUAAUAAAUGCUUUUUUUUUUACCUGUUUAUGCAAACACAUUUUUUACAAUGAUCCGAACCAACACAUUUAAUCCAUAGCAGGAUGUCAAUUGUAUUUAUUAAUGAUCUCAUUUGUUUUACAUGCAACUUUUUUAUUUCUAGUGUUUGUACUGUAUUUUUUUGCUUGCAAUCAAUAUUCUCAUUAUUGUUGUCAUUUUGUUUAAAACUUUCUUUUUUUUUCAAUAUCAGCAGAAUUGUUAUGUAACACAAUGUUUAGUUUACCCCUCAGGCAGCCCUUUCAUUAACAAAACAUGUUUUUGCAGGCUCUGUGACUUUUUACAUUAUUACUACAUUUGUUUUCCAUUUGUUAUUAAAUGAUCACUUUCAACUUUUUAAAGUGGUCUUUUUAUGGCUGAGUUUUUGUCAGCUUUGUUGGAAUAGUGAAACUGCAAUGUGCAUUGUCCCAUCUCAGGCAACUUUGUUUCAAUUAGAUGAAGGUUCCUACACCAAAAAAAAAUUGUCAUUUGAGUAACAGGACUGAAAGUUACAAGAUUUUAUUUUUGUUUUGAAUUAGUAAAUAAAUACACAUAUUUUUGUGCUGGUAACAUGUUGACAUGACAAAAAUAAAUAAGAAAAUAAUUUAGCUAUUUUAAGAGGACUGUGCUGAGAUUUCAACCCCCUCCCGUCAUACAGUAGGGAAGAGAUUAUUAUUAUGGCCUCAGUCUUGGGCGGAUCUCGCAUGAGGGGAGGAGGAGGGGUUAAUCAUGUCGCAAUGCAGUCUGCUGAAAAUGAUGGAAAGCGCCACUCUACAUAGCAACUGAUGCUGUUUUCAAAGUAGGAAUUGCCACACAGCACAUUUUUUAUAAUAUUCAACACUAAUGUCAUCUGGCUGCUAAGGUGGAUAAUGCACCCCCCCAACCCCCCAUGUGUCAGGCAAACUGUGAAGAAUGGGGCCAUAUUAAUUCCCCUCCUGCUGUAGUAGAAGCAUCAAACACAGUUUACAAAAAUAAAAUGUAUACUUUUGGUCUUCCCAUGACCUGCAGAUGAUCCGAGUGAAAAUAUGAUUAGUGGAAUAUUCCAAAUUUUUUCAGAGGGGGUCAUGUGUUUAUGGUAACAGGACUGAAGGACCCCACAAAAGUGUGCAUUUUACCCCUUUUUUUGGUAAGAAAAUAUGACUAAGAAUAUAAUGUCAAAUAUAGCCCAUGUUAAAUAUAUAACAUUAUGUCAUGUCUGUGUGAUCAUGUUUUGUUUUAGUCAUGUUCGGUUUGGUUUUUGGACUUUUUGUGCACUUUUGCUUGUUUUGUCACCAUAGCAACCAUUCGUUUUCACCUGUCACGUCACGCACCUGUUUCACGUUUUGAGUCACGCACCUGUUUUCACUAAUCAUGUCUGUAGUAUUUAAGUUCAUUGUUUUCAGUUUGUCUUUCUGGCGACACCCGGAUUCAUACCCCUGUCACACUCUGUUUACCUCUGCGCACUUCAUAGUCCAUGCCAAGUAAGUUUUUGUUUAUUAAUGCCACAGUUAUUGUUUUUGUUUCAUUGUUCACAGUUUCUGCCUAUGUGCAAGUUUUGUUUUCAAUAGCCUAGUUUUGUACCUCCGCCAAUGUGCGCCCUUUCUGUUAGUUCUUUUUUUAUAUAUUAAAUAAAACAUGUACUUACAUUCCCGUCUCGCCCGAACCAACUUUCCGUUGCCUUCUGGAAAAACAAAAUCCAAGGACCAAGUUGUGACACAUUCUGAAGGA